AUGAAUCCAUUUGAAGAAUUAAUUGCUGAAACAAUUAGCAAUGAAAUAACAAGAUCACAAAGUUUUGAUCUUUCUAAUUCUGGAUCGUCUUUAUUUCAACAAAAUGCACAAAUAUCAAGUGUAUCAAGUGCCAUCGGAUAUAAUCCUGCUCAUAUGGCUGACUUUUUAGGACAUCGUACAUUGAAUAAUAAACCUGCACAAAAAUUAGAAACGAUCUAUGAAAAUUUACCAUCAUCGAAACAAAAUAUACCACCAAGUAAAGAACAACAAAAAUCCGAUAAAAAAAAUCUAUCAAUGCAUGGUUCUAAAAAAAAGAGGAGAAUGUCUAAUCAACGAUUAACAUCACGCGAUGAAGACUUACUACUUCAAGAUUUUAGUCGAAAUGUAACGACUAAAUCAUGGGCUUUAUUUAUUGGCAAUGCUGCUGUUGUUUCGGCUAUUCCACUUUGGCUCUUCUGGCGCAUUCAUCAAAUGGAUAUUACAUCUUAUUUCAUUCAUUUUAUUAUUGGUACAGCAAUAAGUACAUAUUUCCUUAAUUCUGCUUAUCAAAACAUGAAAUUUAUUUUAAAACAUAAAAUAGCACAAAAACGUGAAGAAGCUAUUAAUCGAGAAAUAACGAAAUUAUUUGCUAAUGAUAAAAAUGCUAAUAAAAAAGAUAAAGAUGAUCGAGUUUUAACACGUAAAAAUGAAGUAGCAGAUUUUGAAGCAACAACAUUUUCAAUUUUUUACAAUAAUACAUUCUAUCUUGUUUGUCUUAUUGUAUUAUCAUUUUUUGUAUUUAAAAAUUUUUCACCAACAGUUAAUUAUCUUUUUUCUGUUGGUUUAUCAACUGCUAUUGUUUUUCUUUUUUCAACUGGAGAAAAAUAA